CUAACGUCGGCUGGAGGGGCGUUGGGGUGGGACUUUCCACACUCACUAGGAACGAGUUAUGUCCCGGCCUUUGUCCGCCUCUGCCAGAUAUAAUUGGUCCCCUCUGGACCUGUCUGUCAAGUGAGAGGACGCUGUGCCCUCCUCCUGACUCCCUAGACGCAUCAUACGUCUAGAUAUACGCGAGGUGUAUGUCAUACAGCUGUAUUGGUGGAUUAUCGGUUGUCUAUAUAGAGGUAAGUUGUCAAUGGCGACAGGGAAUUGGUCAGUUUAGAAAUGGGAGAGACGCUGGUGGCAUCCCUGUCGGGUAUAUAAGGGCAGGGGCGCCCCUGUGAGCGCGGUAGUAGCCCUAAUGGCAGUGAGUGUGGAAGGCCUUUACCCGACCCUUGCCCAGCCAGCUGUCUCACAUGCCGGCCACCAUGGCUCUCACUGUGUGCUUGGAGGUGGUGGUGGCGGCUUGCACGCUCGUCCUCGCCUCCUCCGUGCCUCUGGCGCCACCUCACCUCCUCCUCACUACCCUCAACCUCACCCUUCACGACGCUGCCAAAGGCUACGAUAGGAAAUCUGUGUUAAAUAGGGACUCAGUGACUUCAGGUGAGAGCGAGUCGGACGAGCCGAAAACUUACAGUGAUGUGACUGAUACUGGAGAUAUUUUCCCCCUGUGCCCUAGAUGUGGUGCCAGGGCCCUAGUGGAGGCCCUGGGCACCCACACCUCCCCCCCAGACACCAGCGAAGACCCUGUCGACACAAGCAGUCAGUCUCCGCUGGCCCUGACCGACGAAGCUAUCCGGGAGAUACGUAUAGAGAUGAUCAAGACUCAGAUACUCUCCAAGAUGCAGAUGAAGGAGAAGCCCCAUGUACAGAGAUCCCGCGAGGAGAUCCCCAGAGUCAUCAGUGGAGGUGGGGUCUUGCCACUGUUGAUGCCCCCACCACCUACCACCCCGCCCACCAACCCCGCAUCAACCAGAACAUCAAUAUUCCUGGCGACGAACAAAGUGUCGGGCUCAGGGCGCCGGCGAACCGCCUGCUUCCUCUUCACCAUGGACGGGAAGUCGUCCUCGAGCGUGGAGAAGGCGACUCUGUGGCUCUGGAAGGUGGAGGACCCGGCUGACGGCUCGUACCAGACUCUCACCAUCAAGGAGGUGGCUCCAAACACGCGCCACAAGACCUUACUCUCCCACAAGACUACGAGUGUUAGAGAGGGCUGGGUGGAGGUGGACCUCAGCGACGAGGUGGAACGGUGGGUGGCCUCCGGGAAGGAGGAGGUGGAGGUGGAGGUGACAUGUCGGACCUGUCAAGGGCGACAUCAUCCUGUCUCCCGUCUCCCCGACCACCGUCCAUUUAUCGUCGUGGUGACUGAGCAGCCUCAGGUGCGCAAGCGGCGCUCAUCCCGGGAGUGUCCAUCUCUGUGGGGCGGGGGAUGCUGCCGCCAGGCCAUCAACGUGAGCGUGGCGGAGAUGGGCUGGGAGAACUGGCUGCUACACCCUCAGAGCUUCACAUUUUACUACUGUCACGGCGCCUGUCGGGUCUCUGUAGCCUCGGCCAACGCCCCGGGAAUAUCUCGCUACAGUAAUAUACUUCAGAUGUUGCUGCUGCGACAGGCUCCGAGGUCCACCUUGAGAGAGGCCCUUGCUCCCUGUUGUUCCCCAACCAGCUACUCCUCCAUGCAGGUCCUCUUCCGCUCUGGGAGCGAAAGAGUCGAACACAUGCAGAUUCCCGACUUCUUGGUCCAAUCCUGCGGCUGCAAUGGCUAGUUAUCACGUGAGACUAGAGGACAUUUCUGCUAAUAUGGGUUACACCUGGAGAUACACUUUAUGCUGAUAGGAUUCUGGCAUGUGUGUGUGAUACUGGGGUAUGGUCGAGCAUAGCAGUGACUGGUCCUAGCUAGUGGCGUUUCGGGCCGUGAUUCUAGUUAGUGGCGUUUGAAGCCGUGGUCCUGGUUAGUGGUGUUUGAAGCCGUGGUCCUAGUUAGUGGUGUUUGAGGCCAUGGUCCUAGUUAGUGGCGUUGGUGGCCCUGAUCCUGGCUAGUGCCGCGGGGAAGUGACAGGAAGGUUGUAAUGACUGGCCACAGAUCUCUAGACUUUGAAACAAUAAGUGAUAACGAGUCGUAACUAUGACAGCGAGGUUGUCUUUCGCAUGUAUAAUGAAUGAUAAUGAAUAGUUACCGUGAACUAACAUGAUACACGCGUAAUGGACGAUCACUGUGUGCUCUAAUACCUGUUGAUACAUAGCAACGACUGAUGAUUCAGCUGUUAAGGAGCGCCAAAAGCCUAACGGAAGGCUCAUUGCGGCUUCUGAAAGACCAUCAAGGAACACACACACAAAAACACCAGUGACUACCAGUACCUACCUGUCAGUAGCUACAGGAAAGGAAGGCUAGCCCCUUGUGCUUCGCCUACUACCCGUGCUGUACCUGUAACAGUCGUUGUAUCCUCUCGAAGUAGCCAUGCAGCUUGGGGAAGUGUCUUGAUCUCCCAAGUUGUUUGAAGUUGGCUAUCAACUCCUCCAAGGCUGUGAAGGAAUAGUUAACACAUCGUGACAUCAAUAUACAAGAUCUCAUUUUUAAUUCAUAAAAAUACUAAUGUUUAUCAACACUGCCUUUGUUUUGUGUGAUUUUAUUCUGGAUAAUCAAUUGGAUUUAUUCAUUUUUCCGUUUUUAUUUUAAAUUUGCAAUUGAUCAGAAUUUGUGUAGGUAUUUUGUAAAUGUUUCUUUGUUAAUGCCUGGCAGAUAUAUCAACACAGCUGCUUUUGUAAUAUUAUAACUGCAACAACGAGUAAAUGUACUUGAAUAGCUUUGCAAUAGUGAUUAAAAACAUGAUAAAUUAGGCAUUUUACAAUCAGUAACAAAUUGCAGUUAUACAAAAGUCUACCAGUAUUAUUUUCCGUUUUCUAUGUUACAACAAAUUUCUUGCAGCAUCCUUAACUUAUCUUGGAUAUGUAGGUUUUGUGUUUUAACAAGUCACAUUAGAGCCUAGGGCGAUAGGCCUGGGGCACUAGACCUAAAGUAGACUUGCUUAGGGUGCUUGACCUAGAGUCAAUAUAAUAAUACCAAAAAAUGGUAUUACAUUACAUUAAAUAGCUUCUUUGAAACAAGCAUACCUGGACAUUUAUACUGUAUAUAUAUAUAUACACAGUCAACACACAUAUUCACACUCAUACGUAUACAUACUUAAAACACAUAAAACACAAUUAGAUAUAUAAAAUCAAUAUAUAAUAUUAUUUAUUUAUUUAAAUAAAGACUAUACAAAAGUUUAUUAAAAAAAAUUUAUAUGGCGGAAAUAAUGUAUAUUUGUAAAUUAGAAUGUGUAAGUCUACCCUAAAAAAAAUGGAUUUUUUUUUCGACCAUUUUGUAAUUUAUGUCCAUUAUGUCCAAAUGGACAUCUAGGUCCAUUUUAGUUAUAUUUCAUGAAUUACAAAAUGGUCGAAAAUCUUGUAUGGUCCUGUAUACAGGACCAUACAGGAGCUGUAUGGUUCUGUAUGUGUCAAAAUCUAGGAUGGUAAACUUGUUUACAGAAAACAGUUCAAAACUUUAUGUACAGUUCAAUACUAAAAUUUCACUGGUGUGGAUUACUGAAUGGGGAGGUCCAGGUGUUUCCCUUGAUCUCCAAUUCAAGUGGUGACCCUUGACCUUCAUAGGAGAUGGUGACCCUUGACCUCUCUCUCAUGUGGUGUGGUGACCCUCGAGCCCUUGUUUACAUAAAGUAAUGACCCAAGGCUUCUUGGCUACAUGAGGUGGUCACCCUCGAUCUCUCUCCCAUAUUAAGUGGUCAUCCUCGACCACUGCCUCACAUUAAGUGGUCAUCCUCGACCACUCCCUCACAUUAAGUGGUUACUCUCGACCACUCCCUCACAUUAAGUGGUUACUCUCGACCACUCCCUCACAUUAAGUGGUCACCCUCGACCACUCCCUCACAUUAAGUGGUUACUCUCGACCACUCCCUCACAUUAAGUGGUUACUCUCGACCAUUCACUCACAUUAAGUGGUCUCCCUCGACCACUCCCUCACAUUAAGUGGUCACCCUCGACCACUCCCUCACAUUAAGUGGUCACCCUCGAUCACUCCCUCACAUUAAGUGGUCACCCUCGACCACUCCCCCACAUUAAGUGGUCACCCUCGACCACUCCCUCACAUUAAGUGGUCACCCUCGACCACUCCCUCACAUUAAGUGGUCACCCUCGACCACUCACUCACAUUAAGUGGUCACCCUCGACCACUCACAUCAAAGUCAUCAUUAAAGUUAUAUCUCAAAUUAUGCAAUUUAUUUUCAUGUAUUUUCAUACUGUCAUUGCUGUACAUAGUAAAGAAAUGUAUAUAUAUUUUGAUAGUUUACAAUGUGAUAAAUUUUGUAUGU